UUUUAUCGAUGGCACCGCCCAAGUACUGGCAGCGACUGUUCUACAAUGGGCACAAGAGGAAGCACGCAAUGAAGUUCCAAGGGGUAAUUACACCAGACGGGCUAUUUGUGGAUCUGUGGGGCCCCGUGGCGGGGACACGCCAUGACAGCUUUAUUCUAGCGCAGUCUGGGUUGAUGGAGAAGUUGUCGAUGCUAAACAGCCCUACAGGCCAUCCGUACUGUUUGUACGGAGAUCCGGCGUAUGGGCUGAGCAACCACCUUGUCUGUCCUUUUAGCGCGUCAAGUGUCGGCCCUCUAACGCCAGAGAUGGCCGACUUCAACAAGCGUAUGAGCCACUGCCGCGUAACGGUGGAGUGGGGAUUCAAAGAGAUGACCGGCAAGUGGGCCUUUGUGAGCAUGAAGCCGCAGCAGAAAUUCUUGCUAAGCCCUGUCGCCAAGCAGUACCGGGUAGCCACUCUGCUUUCUAACUGGCACUCAUGCAUGAACGGGGGCAACGAGAUUUCGCAAUACUUUGGCGUGGUGCCACCCACUUUCGAGGAGUACGUAGCGGUAAAAGUGCAAGAUGCACCCACGUUGUGCNUGUAAGUGCAAGAUGAACCCACGUUGUGCGCGAAUUCUAGGCAUCUUGAGUGUUCCAAGGCGUAAACCAACACAAACAGCCGUUUGCUGGCGUGAGCAAGUAGCGCACGGUAGACUUUCCAAUUUUAUGUGAGUUUCGAAUGAUCAGCGCCAAGAUUAUUUUUUCUCCUUGGUCGUUUACGUGGGCAAACGCGGGCGAUGCAGAGGGCAAGCACGGACGGUGUAUGUAUAUCGUACGGGUAUAUAAGCAUUGUGUAACAAUCGGAUGCCGCGGUUAUUGGGGACACUUAGUUUGGAGGGUUUCAAAGGUUAACUUCCUGGGAGUUAAAUUGUUUGGUGCGAAGAAGUCGUCUCCUCCUUACUGGUCAUUUAUUAUGUGGGCAAACGCGAGCGGAUGCAUAGGGGAAGUACGGAAUGUAUCGUGCGGGGGAAGCACUGCGCAAAAGACAGACGCCACUUGUUGAAUGCCAGUUUCAUUUUUCAAUUGUUCCUCCUGAUAAAACACUCCCCAGAACAGGCAAGCCUCCCCCGAAAAAAACGCGCAAGGCGCAACGGAUGCCACGAUUUUUUUUUGAAGAGCCUGCUGUUGAAAAAAAAAAAAACAUGCAACGCAUGCCCUAGCAACUGCAGCAGCAGCAAGGGCGAAAACCCAUUCCCAUUUUCCCUCCCCCGAACAGGCAAGCCUCCCCCGAAAAAAAUGCGCAAGGCGCAACGGAUGCCACGAUAUUUUUUUGAAGAGCCUGCUGUUGAAAAAAACAAAAAGACAUGGAACACAUGCCCUAGCAACUGCAGCAGCAGCAAGGGCGAAAACCUAUUCCCAUUUUUCCCUACCCCGAACAGGCAAGCCCCCCAGAAAAACACGCGCAAGGCGCAACGAACGCCACGAUUUUUUUUUGAAGAGCCUGCUGUUGAAAAAAACAAAAAGACAUGGAACACAUGCCCUAGCAACUGCAGCAGCAGCAAGGGCGAAAACCCAUUCCCAUUUUUCCCUACCCCGAACAGGCAAGCCCCCCCGAAAAAAACGCGCAAGGCGCAACGGAUGCCACGAUAUUUUUUUGAAGAGCCUGCUUUUGAAAAAAACAACACAUGCAACGCAUGCCCUAGCAACUGCAGCAACAGCAACCCCAACCAGCUAGCUAGUUAUGGUUGCCCUUCGCCUUCGCCAGGUCUACCUGGAGUUGCGUCAUCCUGAUUUGGUGAUCACGAUCUGCCUUUUGCUCUGCCCGUGCAGCCGCCCUCUCCACUUCACGCUCUUGUCUGUCGUGUUUACUUUCAUCUUCCCGCAUUGCCCUCUCGUGGGCCAUCAUGUCCAGGAGCUCUUGCCUCCUCCCUACUUCUCGUUUAGCUUCCGCCGCCCGCCUCCUCUCGUCCUCUUCACGUUUCUGAUCGGCGAGUGCCCGAGCGUCAGCCACCUGUUGCUCCCCUUACCUAUCUAGCCCAUCCUCGGCGAGCUUUUUGGUCUUGGCACAGGGCUUCCUUCCACGGUUUCCCGAAGACCCACUCGCCACCCCUGAAGGGUCCAUGCCUGACAUGACGCGCGCACCCCCCACUGUUGCAGAACCGGGGAUGGAUGCCUGACCGGCGGCGGACAGCCCGGAGUUCGUGACGCCGGCGCCAAGCACCAACAACCUCGCCACGCGCUUCGUAACCUGAAGCACCUUGUCCGGCAUAACACGUUCUAUGGGCCAUCCGCUGUGAAACCAAUUCGAUUCCGGCAGGCUGCGGAAGUCCAUCAUUUCCACGCCGUAGAGCUCGAGCAGUAUAAACAUGACCGACUCGUCAAACCUAUCAAACCCGGGCAGCUGCAUAUUCUCUUCACCAAGAUCGUCCAUGUAGUCCUGGACGCUGUCUCCGUCGCGCUGGAAACUAAGCCUUUUGUCGAGUAGUACCGUCAUCAUGGCCACGGCCCUUUCCGGCUGAACUUCGUCGGCCGUGAAGCCCGUGUUGAGGAAGUAGUCCGCCUCCUCCGUGGUGGCCCCGGCACUUUGCGCAAGCGUCGGAAAUGCUCAGCGACCCCAUGUGCUUCACCAAUUCGCCAAGCGGUGGAACCUUCCUCGAUGGCCCGCUCCCCGCGGGCGAUAAGUCGUCGUUUAGCCCGCCCGUACUAAUGGUCGGGCUCGAUCGACCGCUGGCAGCGCCACCCGCCGAAGCCUCCGACACGGGCCUCGCCCCCCCGAUGCUGCUGGCCGGACUCACCCGACCCCUGGCACGGCCACCGGCCGCUGCACCGGAGCGGGAACCCAACGCGAUGUUGUCGGCGGCAACAGCUUCUUCGAAUGAUGUAGCCUUCGCGCCCGACCCGCAUCGGGCGUUGCCCUGGUUGAUGGCCCACAUCCCCAUCGCGGAGUGCGAGGCCGCCUCGUUGGCUUUCUUCUGCUUGGUCUCCUCCGACUCCUGCCUCGCGGCAGCCUUCGCGUCCACUAUGGCGGUCAGAACUUUCUGGACCUCGGUAUUCUUCUCUACUUCGUCCUCCGAGCCAUUCUCAGCAGUUCCGGCUCCGGAGUCCCGCAGGGCUAUACCAUCGCUCUUGCUCUGGUCGUCAACGAUCUUGUCGUAGCGCGACUUGCAAUUUUCGGACGUCUUAUCCUUGAACUUCCUGACCAAGGGCUCCUGGUUGAGAGUCUUCCAGCAGGUGUCCCACCUUUCGCCGACCGAACGCCCGCUCCCAUUCACUGUCCACACUUCGUUCUGCAGAACCUACUCACCCGCCCUUGCCAGCGCCAAGUCGUAAGUAGGAGGCCACUUCGUGCUCUUCCUAACCCUAGCCUGCUUUGCUGCUGGUGCUGCCACGACUUGGACAUCGUCGCCGCCUCCCCCGGCCGCUUGCUCCUCUCCUCCCCCUGCCUCGAGGUCUCGGGCGUGCUGCUGGCCUAGAGCCGCAAAGCCCACCCGACCGGCUGCCCGUGCUCUCUUGGCAACCUCGUCGCGCACCAGAUCCAGGGCCUUUGCGCUGGGCAUUGUCUUUCUCUUUGGGCGGGUGCUGGACAUGUUCG